AUGAGUUAGCUAUAACAUGAUAAAGUGAUAGAAAUAUAGAGCCCUAUUAGCACAUUCAGAAGUUAAUACAUGAUAUCGAGGAAAUAAAUAAACUAUCUAUAAGGAGAUGAAGAUACCCACAAAGAUCUAGCUUUAAGUUCUAUAGUUAUAGGCUCUAAUAUUAAUAUAGAAAGAAACUAAGAAUAAACUCCUUCAAAUAAUUCAAAAAUCGAACAAAAUAAUGCCUAAAAUAAUGAACAAUUAAAUGAAUUUUUAGAAGAUGUGUAGUAUGAUGAUUAAAAGGGCUACUAAGUAAAAAGCUUGAAUAAAUUUGAAGAAAAGGAAGAUAUAGAAAAUUAAAAAGAUAGAUAUGAGUUAUAAAGGCUUAGCACUACAGCAGGCUUAUUGGAAGAUGAAUACUUUGGCGAAGACUCUGAAAAGAAAUAAAAUAAAAGAAGCAAAUAUAUUAAUCCAGAUAUGUUUAAUAAAUUAAGAGAUCAUCAUGUUGAUUGGGAUUAUAAUGUAUUUUUUGAGAUAUUUUGGUAUCAUAUUUUAAAUUAUAUGCUUAUUGGGCCUUUCGUCACAUUGGUUUAUUACAAAAAAAGAGUACUUAUGCGAAAUUUGCAAUUUUGGGGCAAUACUUAAGCAUUUUACAUACAAACAACUUUUUUUAUUUUUAACGUAUUUAUAAUCACUCUUUACUUUACCUCUUCCAGUUAAAAUAUAUACCUAGUAGAAAUUAUAUUCACAUUCUUUAUUAUGAUUCUUCGUUGCUAUAUUAUAGCUUGCAAGUAUGCAACCCUUCAUCCUGAUAAAAUCAAACUUUAUAGAGAUUAUGUAUUAGAUGUAAAAUUAACAAUAACAGAUUACUACCUUACAAACUGGAAAGAUUAAGAUGAUAAAACAUUAUAUAGAGAGACUUAUAAUGCUCUAUAAAGAGGAGAAUUUGAUCCAUCUAUGUUUUAUAUAUCAUUUUUUGUUGAACCUUCUAAGUAAGCUGCUGAUGAAAUGAACGAACUGAAUUAAAAUAUUAGUAAACACCACUCUUAUACUACAGUUAAAUACUAGCCUAAAUGCAUUUUCCCUGUUUAAUAGACAUAAUAUUUUUAUGGAUAUUCUGUACUUGGAUAUUUGAUUAGAUAGUAUAGUAAAUAAAAUCGUGGUUCAUCUCAAAUCCUUCAGGCACUUAUAUUAGCUGGAAUCAGAACAGCUGGACCUAUAAUAUAUAGAUAUAUAUACAGAGAAAAUUUUGAAUUUAGAGGAAUAGAAAUUGCCUAACUAGUAGCUUUAUCGAUAAAUACAUUUUUUGGAUAUUUAUUCUCUUUCGUAUUUUUAUUUUUUUACAUUCGUGAUAUGAAACUCAAAGAUUUUAUGCUAAAUUAAUGUAAGUUAAUGCUUUAAGUUAAAAAAAUUCAUCUAAGUGAGAAAAAAGUACUUCCAACUGUUGAUAUUAUAAACCCUUAUUCAUUAAAAGGUUGGUCAAUUUUGAGAAGAAUCUGUUUAGAUUAUGGCAAAUAAUAUGUACUUAGAAUGCAAGCUUAUCUUACAAUUUACUUUUUUUCUAUUUUUAUCACAACUAUAAUUCUUAUUUUGUGGGUCUUAAAGAUAUAUAAGCUUGAUAACAUAUACCCUAUUAUGUGCUUAUAUGAACUUAUUGUUACUUUUUCAAUAUUGCUAGCCAUAUUAUAUUAAGGUUGCCUUUUAAAUGAAUGUUUUGAAUAUUAUAAAAAUACUCUAGGUGAUCACAAGGUUUUAUUUUUAGAUAUUAUGAGAAUGAAAAAUGUUUAUUUUAAAGAUUAAAAUUUUGUUGCUUCAAAUUUUGUUCUUAAAAAGAGCUUAACAAAAAUUAAAUAAAUUUUAAAAAUUUCUGAUUAAACUAAAACCCAUGACGAAAAUAUUAAUGACUAUCUUAACUAGCUUAUGAAUAGCAUAUCUGAUUGUGAAAAUGAAGUUGAUUAAGAUUUUAGAAACUAACCUUUUACAUUAUAUGGUAUUACCAUCACUUUAACACUGUUUUAAUAGUUAGUAAUUGCUUUACUAACAGUUGUUGCUGGUUUUGUCCAAAUUUAUUUAUUUAUUAAUAAUAAAAUUUCAACUUCAUCAUUAUGA